CAUUCAUAUCAUAAUGAUAAAUCCAUGCAUACAUGUAUAACGCAUAUUCACCACUUCAACAGUUUCACUUCACCUCCAUUCUUAAAAUGUCUUCAGUCUAGUCUUCCUAUACAAUUACAAAGUAUUUCCAUCGCUUCGUUUUGUCAAAAAUCAGCCGCCUGUUCCUUUAAGACGGUCUCCAAAGUUUAGCAUAUGACGUCAACAUUGGCAUAUCCAUACCGCGAGCCGAUCCAGUGGCGGAGAAGGGAAUCUGAACGGCGGGAGAGACAGGUGAAUUUAAAACUGGACGUGAGCGCUUCAGUAUCAGGAGGAAGAUACAUACGUUACAGAGAAUCAUUGAAGAUGAACACAGAGGUAAAACAAGAGCUCAAGUCAUCACAAUGUGAAACGAUGGACGUUAGCACCGCUGUGACAGAUGAGAGGUCACAGACAGAGGAGGCGGAGGGAGGAGAAGAGGCAGUGGAGAGACAGGGAGAGGAAGAGGAGGCCCCAGAGAAGACCUCAGAGAGUGGAAUGGAGUGCUCAGAACCCACAGGAAACGAGGGAAUGACAGAUGGGGUUCCCGUGAAAACUGAGAGGGAAGAGUAUGACGACAAUGACGAUCAGUACCCCAAGAGUGAAGAAGAAGGUGAACGAGACAAUUACCUUUAUGAAGAAGAGGAAGAAGAUGAGAAGGAAAGGGAUGAGGAAGACGAAGGAGAAGAAGAGGGGGAAGGGGAGGAAGAAGGAGAAACCCUUAACGAACCACAGGACCUGUCUCUGGCAGAUUAUGUAAAGUAUGAGAGCACAGGCCCACAGGACGCCCUCACCAACUCCUCGUUGUACGCAGCAGUACCCCGCAGCCAGGCAGCAGGCAAGCUCAACUGUGACAUCUGUGGCCUGUCCUGCGUCAGCAUCAAUGUGCUGCUCGUGCACAAGCGAAGCCACACCGGUGAACGUCCAUUCCACUGCAGCCAGUGUGGUGCCUCCUUCACCCAGAAGGGAAACCUGCUUCGCCACAUCAAACUGCACUCCGGGGAGAAGCCCUUCAAGUGCCCUAUGUGCAGCUACGCCUGCCGCAGACGAGACGCCCUCAGCGGACACCUGCGCACUCACUCAAUAGAGAAGCCCUACAAGUGCAACCACUGCGGUCGCAGUUACAAGCAGCGCAGCUCCCUUGAAGAGCACCGAGAGAGGUGCCAUGUGUACAUCCAGAACAAAGGCAACGCUGAGAGAGCCGGUGAGGACACCCACGUGUCCAGGACUACUCACAUGGGCACGGAGCGCGCUCUGCUACUGGACAGGUUGGCGAGCAACGUAGCCAAACGCAAGAGCUCUAUGCCACAGAAGUUCACUGGGGACAACGGCAUGUGUCUGGACCUGAGCUUCAACAGGGAGCUGAUCCACCGCUCUGACGUCAUGGACCCUCCCCUCACCUCCCCAGGAUCUGAGAACCACCACAUCCACCAGCCCCUCUACACAGGCCAUGACCCUGACUCUGCCUCCCCCCACAGGGCCUACCCCAUCCCCCUGAGCCGCGCUGACAUGGGCCCCCUGGCCCUCACCAAUGGUCACAAGCUGGAGCAGCAGCAGAGCACCGGUCUCGCCUACCUGCCCCGGCCCAGCCAGGGCCACCCUAGCAUGGACUCACUCCACACCGAUCGGGCCCAGCUCUCCCAGCCUCUCAUCUACAACCUGGGGCACUUGCUGGGGCCCAGUCCCCACAACAACCUCUCACACCCCCAGGCCCACGCGCUCCCCAUGCCACCCCUAGAGGCUCUGAGGGUGGUAAGGAGCGAAGGGGAGGUAGGGGUUGGGGUAGGUACAGGAGCGGGGGCGGGGGCGGUGUACCCCUGCGGUCACUGCAGGGUGUGGUUUCUGGAUUACGUCAUGUUCACCAUCCACAUGGGCUGCCACGGCUUCCGUGACCCACUGGAGUGCAAUGUAUGUGGCCAUCGCAGCCGGGACCGCUACGAGUUCUCCUCACACAUUGCACGCGGCGAGCACCGCCUGGAGUUGAAAUAGUGUAGACACACAUGUGCACGUGAACACACACACACAUACACCCAUACAUGUAGUCAGAUUCCUAAACAGAAUAAUGCAUACACAUUUCUACACUUACACACACGAAUUGUGUAUUUACAUUACAUACACACAAAAAGUAUCUCAGGGACUUUCCUUUUUGUUUUUUAUUAGCACCAGUAUUACCACACACAAACACAAAGAAAUGUAGCAUUUCAGUAAAGUAGCAUUUAAAAUGUUUUAUAGAGUUUAUUUUUCCAUCUAAAAUUAUGGAAAUGUAUGUUUUAUGUGGGACUACAUUUUAUUCUGCUUCACUAAGCCACGGAAUAACAUAAAUAUAUAUAUUGUUUAUUUGAUUUUUGAUUACUAUUCAACAGAAGUGUCAAUAGUGUCAAUAGAAGUGGUAAUAGGCAGUCAAUAUUUGGCAUUACCUUUGCCAUGCCUGCUGCUUUUAGGUUGGGAUAAACUACAGUAUGUCCAAAUGUCCUCUGUAUGUACAGCAGUAGUAGUAGGACAUAGUACUGAGUACAUUUUACGUUCACUGUAAGCUGACUGACAGACUCUGCUGUACAUUUUGUUUUCCUGUUAACUGUGCUGAGGUUCGAAAAUAAAAAAAGAGAAUUAAA